GAAAACAUAGAAAAAGAAGAAAAGGAUAAAAAUUUAUAAAAUCCCAAAAGGUAAAAGGUGGGGAAGGGAAGGAAGGAAGGAAGGAGGAGAAGAAAAAAGUUAAAUUCAUACGGAGCAAAGAACUACUUUCAAAGCUCUCGUCUUCUAGACACAGAGAGAGAGAGAGAGAGAGAGGACAGAGAGGAUUCUGCUUAAACAAAGAGGAUUUCUUUUCGCUUUUGGGGUUGCAGAGAGAUCAUCUUAUGUGGUCUUACAGGAAGGGGGAGGGAGGCUGAAGGAGGAGGAGGAGAAAGAAGAAGAAGAAGAAGACAUCUCCUCCCCUCUCUGUUGUUUCUUGCCCUGUUUCUCUUUCUGCUCAAGCUUCAGCCUUUCUUCAAGGUUUUCUGGAAGACUGAUAGCCCCAUAAAGGGAGAAGAGUAAUGCUAGGAAGAUGGGGAAGAAAGGGAGCUGGUUUGCUGCAAUUAAGAAGGUCUUCGUAAGCCACUCCAAGGAUAAGCCGGUCAAUGAAUCGGAGGAGAAGAAGGAUAGGAAGAAGAACAAGGGCAAUGCGAAGCUUAGGCAGGGCGAGAGGAAGUCGUUCAUCCCUCUCUUCAGGGAGCCGAGCAGCAUCGAGAAGAUUCUUGGAGAUGCUGAGCGAGAGCACAACAUCAUCUUUAGGCCUCCUUUGGUUUCAACUUCGCCUCCGGUUGAGCAGCCCAAAACUCCAUCCUUUGUGCCUCCUCCCCCUCCUGCUCUCCCUCGAGAACCUUCUCCCAGGCCAGCUUCUCCUAGAGCAGCUUCUUCCAGAGAACCUUCUCAAAGGGUUGCUUCUCCAAGGGCUCCUUCUCCAAGGGCUGCUUCGCCUAGAGCUGCUUCCCCGAAAGCUCCUUCUCCACGAGUUGUAAAUCAUCAAAGGGAAUUCAGUUACCGGCCCGAGCCCACUCUGAGGAAUCACCAUGCUUCGGCUACUAAGAUUCAAGCAGCCUACAGGGGCUACAUGGCGAGGAGGAGCUUCAGAGCCCUGAGAGGUUUGGUGAGGCUACAAGGAGUUGUGAGGGGACAAAAUGUGAAGCGGCAGACAAUGAACGCCAUGAAAUACAUGCAGCUCUUGGUUCGAGUCCAGUCCCAGAUUCAGUCUAGGAGGAUUCAGAUGCUGGAGAACCAAGCGAGGCAGCAAGCACAGAACAAGGAAGUUGAGAGCAACUUGGGCAAGUGGAGUCUCGCACCUGAGGCAGGAAACGAUGAACACUGGGACGACAGCUUGCUGACUAAGGAGGAAGUCGAGGUAAGGCUGCAGAGGAAGGUGGAGGCCGUCAUCAAGAGGGAGAGAGCAAUGGCUUAUGCAUAUUCGCAUCAGUUGUGGAAGUCGAACCCAAAAUCCGCUCAGACCCCUUUGAUGAAUAUGCAUGCCGGAGGAUACCCAUGGUGGUGGAACUGGCUCGAGAGGCAGCUUCCCCAGUCAAAUACUCCUGAAACUCAAAUGCAGACCCCAAAGAGUUACCGGCUCACACCGAUGAGGUCCAAUUCUGAACUGAAGCCCAGCCCUCGGCCCACAUCAAGCAGCGCCAACAAACAGCCCAGCUUUGGAUUCGACAACAUCGACUCUGCCGGCACCCCGAGAUCCACAAGGUCUUCGGUCCCCAUCUCCUCAUCGAAGGUUGCGCGUACUCCGCCUUCGAGCAGGAUGGUGCCACCCUCGCCUGGGACAAGCGGGAGCAAUAAAUUGAGAAUACGAGCUACCGGGAGGGAAUCUCCCUUCGGUAUGAAGGAUGAUGAUAGCCUUGCCAGUUGCCCUCCUUUCUCUGUCCCGAGCUAUAUGGCCCCGACUGUCUCAGCAAAAGCAAAAGUGAGAGCUAAUAGUAAUCCCAGGGACCGGUUUCCUGGGACUCCGAGCGAAGAGUCGAGCCGGAGGGGCUCGUUCCCCUUGACACAGGGGAUCAGGUCCUUCAAGUGGAACAAGGGGUCGAUUUUCUCGGGCAGCAGGGACUCACCGAGCUCGCAGAGGGGGAAUGGCUUAGAUAAGCACCAGACACUGGACUCAACAGGGAACCUGAGUGUGGACUCAACUGUGUCUCUGCCUGCUGGAGCCAUUGGAAGGAAGCCAUUUAAUAGAUUUGUGUGAUUUUUUUUUUAUUUUAGUUUUAACCAGUUUUUUUUUUUAAUUUUCCAUUUUUUUCCACUUUGAUUUGGUUUUGCUAUUCUGAUUUGAGUGUGGUGGUGAUAUCUAGUUACACAUUUUACUAAUGUAAUGUAAAAUAAUAAAAGGAGAACAAAUAGGAUGUGAUUUGGUUUGAAAAGGGUACAGGGAAAACUCAUUUCUCCAUU